UUUGACUUUGUGGCUGUAGUAACUAGAGACAACCAUGUCGGACCCAGCUGCAGGACACACUUUCUGGUCCCCACAGAGCUGGCCAAUAACAUUGGGAUUACAUAAAUCAAAGCCAAUAAGCAUCCAUAGAACCUCAGAAUGACUUGACAGGCAGUUACCUUAUCUAGUCAGAUCACUCAAAACACGCCAAAGAAGGAAUUGCCUUGUUUGGAUUUUGUUUGGGAUUCUUCCAGCUAGAGGAGCAGGCUAGCUAGCUAACGUUAACAAAGUAAAGUCCUACAUACUACCUGGUAAAAAUACGGUUUAGCUGCUCUAAAUUGAAGUCGAAGAUCACUGUAUCUACAUGAAGAUGAUUGACGAUUUCGAGAGUCAUAAGGCCCGGUCCAGCAGAGAUCUGUGGUCAGAGAUCUGCUGGAGCCUGCCUGACGUGCAGGUGCAGGAGGAAGAUCAAGGCCAAGGAGAGGAUAAUGCUGCUCUGUUCAAAGAUUCAUUCCAACCUUCACAUGUUCGCAAUGACCUGCAAUCUAAUGGCAUGUCUAUGAGUUUCUCCUCUCACACCGUCUGGGAACCUAUGGAAGACUCGGAUGUCUACAUUGCUAGUUUAGAGAAUCGUCUGAAGAGAAUAAAGGGCCAGUGUACUGAGGUGACGUCCAGGGAGAUGCUGCGCUCCCUAUCUCAGGCCAAAACAGAAUGCUGGGAUAGAUUCUUGCACGACGCUCAGAGCUCGGAAAUCUUUCAGGAGGACGAGCUAGAUCAGAGUACCCUGGAGCAUCUAAAGCGUUGGCUGGUACCUGAGAAAGUGGCCAUCAGCGCUGAGGAGCUGGAGUGUCUCCUCCUGCCGUCACUGAGCCGAGAGCAGACCUCCACGGACCAAUCACAGAGCAGCCACUCAGAACCCUGAAGAGGACAAGAGUCCCAUACCUGAGAAAUAGCUUCCUGUUCACCGCAGACAUUUUUGUACGUUAUCAUGUGUUAUUCAUGUUCAGAAACAUGAUUGAAUUUCCUGUACUGUCAUUAUUAGGUUAUGUGUAUUUGUCUUUAUUAUUUAGGAGAAAAAAUUCGGUGACAUAUCGUUGCAAAUAUUGGAUCGGUCCUAUUUUUUUGUCAUGUUACUCCCAUCAAAUGUUGUUGAUUUUAUGAUAUGAUUUCAAAUAAAAAGCAGUUAAUUCUUGGGGUAAUAUCCCGAAACCACACCGGUUGCAUUUUUGUUAGGCUACUACACUAUGUUGGUCUAUAAUGUUGUAACGAGCUUUGGCACUGCUUUAAGAUACCAGUCCAAUCAAGAGUAUUAAUAGCUCAGAUGAAAUCAUUAUAAAUGUAGCUACUAUAUGUUCAUUACCAUGUAUGAUAAAUAUAUACGUUCAUUAUAAUGUAUGGUAAAUAUACUACGUUCAUUAUAACCAUGUAUGAUAGAUAUACUACGUUCAAUAUUAUGUAUGGUAAAUAUAUAAUUUCAUUAUAACGUAGUAUAUUUACUGUACAUGGUAAUAAUGAACGUAGUAAAUUUAUCACACACGGUAAAGAACGUAGUAUAUGAUUAGCAUUAGUAUCAUUAGUACCAUGUAUGAUAAAUAUGCUACAUUCAUGACCAUGUGUGAUACAUUUACUACGUUCAUUAUAAUGUGUGAUAAAUAUACUACGUUCAUUAUAAUGUGUGAUAAAUAUACUACGUUCAUUAUAAUGUGUGAUACAUUUACUACGUUCAUUAUAAUGUGUGAUAAAUAUACUACGUUCAUUAUAAUGUGUGAUAAAUAUACUACGUUCAUUAUAAUGUGUGAUAAAUAUACUACGUUCAUUAUAAUGUGUGAUAAAUAUACUACGUUCAUUAUAAUGUGUGAUAAAUAUACUACGUUCAUUAUAAUGUGUGAUAAAUAUACUACGUUCAUUAUAAUGUGUGAUAAAUAUACUACGUUCAUUAUAAUGUGUGAUAAAUAUACUACGUUCAUUAUAAUGUGUGAUAAAUAUACUACGUUCAUUAUGUGUGAUAAAUAUACUACGUUCAUUAUAAUGUGUGAUAAAUAUACUACGUUCAUUAUAAUGUGUGAUAAAUAUACUACGUUCAUUAUAAUGUGUGAUAAAUAUACUACGUUCAUUAUAAUGUGUGAUGUACUGUGCUAGAUAUUUUAGAUUCUGUAAGUUGGAUGAGAGAUUCAUUUUUAUUACGGAAGCUUUUGAAACAAAGCUAAUGAACUUGAAAAAGUA